UCUCCAGUGACAAUAAUUAUAUAGCCUAGCUGUGAUGUGUUCAUACACGAUGUCCAGAUUUUCACAGGUGGACCAUUUACAAGUUAAAUCACGGGGGGAAAUGUAUUUUACCAAUUGAUAGAACAUAGGUUUUCACCAAAUAUAUUUUUAUUUCUGGGGUGGAUUAUCCAUUUAAACUGUAUAGUGGAUUAUCAGUAGGUUGCCUCCCACUUUUCGCAAACGUUAUUUGGAAAGUCAGUGAAAGUAAAAUAGUCAAACUGUGAACCAAGACGGGGUCUGUUCAUCUCAAUACUUCAAAACUCCUAAGAACUUCACAAAUCCAGUGUGUGGGUCUUCCAGUGAGUUGGAGAGGAUUGAGGAACCAUGGCACAGUUUGGAACCUUGAUAUGGACUAUAACUAUUAUAUUGGUGCUUGUAAGCAUUGGAUCCUGUAUUGCAUGUGGUAGAGCAGAGUACAGAACAGGUGUUGAAUGUUGUCCUAUGUGUUCACCAGGAAAUCAUGUACAUAAGCAUUGUACUGAAUUCACCAGCACCAGCUGUGUGCCCUGUGUUGAUUCUACAUUCCUUGAAGAGCCCAAUGGUCUCAUAAAAUGCAAAGUGUGUACCAACUGUGAUCCAGGUUUGGGUUUGAUGGUAAAGCAGCCAUGUAGACCUUCAUCAGACACUGUUUGUGGGACACUGGAGGGGUUCUACUGUCUAGACCCAACUAAGGAUGGUUGUAGAGCAGCCCAGAGACACAGCAGCUGUAAACCUGGUCAAUACAUCAGCCACACAGGAACAACAUCUACAGAUACUGUGUGUUCUGACUGUACUGGUGACACCUAUUCAGAUGGAUCAUUAACAUCUUGUCAGCCACACACAGAGUGUAAAUCCUUAGGUCUUCAAGAACUUAGACCAGGAACUCAUUUGUCCAAUUCUGAAUGUGGACCACAAUCCUCACAAAUAGAACCUGGAAUCAUCAUUGGUGUUGUUCUGGCAUCAGUCCCAAUAGCUCUUGCAAUAACAAUAAUAAUAAUAAUAGGAUUUGUAAUUCUAUGGAGGAGAAAAAGUCCAACAACAGUGACUUUUUCUCCAGUGACAGUAAAUGCUGUAGAGGCAUCAUCAGAUUUAGAGGAAACACCAAGCAAUGUAGCACAAUGAAACAGAAGAAAGUACAGCAGCUUGCAGGUGUUAGUUUUGUAGAUGAUUCAAGCUCUGACCGCACUCAUCAUUACAAAUGCUACCUGAGGUGAACUUGUGGUAAACUGGGAACUCUGGGGAAAGGACAAGGACAACACUAAAAGGGCACUGAACCCACACGUGGCGCCUCCACAAUACACUGAACCCAGACGUGGUGCCUCCACAAUACACUGAACCCACACGUGGCACCUCCACAAUACACUGAACCCACACGUGGCGCCUCCACAAUACACUGAACCCAGACGUGGUGCCUGCACAAUACACUGAACCCACACAUGGCACCUCCACAAUACACUGAACCCACACGUGGCACCUCCACAAUACACUGAACCCACACGUGGCACCUCCACAAUACACUGAACCCACACGUGGCACCUCCACAAUACACUGAACCCACACGUGGCGCCUGCAUGAUACACCUGAAUACCUGCAUACAUACUGGACUGGAAUGGCAGACCAAGGAGCGGCUCUCACUGAUGACUCCACUGUCUGAUGAAGAAACAAAGCCGCUUGAUGACAUUGGAUCCUCCUCAAGAGGUCAAAGGGCAGACUAACCUCUCAGGCAGUAACAUCCCAGUCUGCUUCAGUGGCCCAGAAAUCAGGAGCAAACCAAGACUCAGAGAUGGAUAGUCAAGAAAUGGAACAGCAAGGCCACAGAACAUGACAUACGCAGAGCUGUGGGAGACCACAUGAAGCAUAGGUAGAGCCAGAGGAAUUCACCUUUACCACGCCACCACCAAACGCCUUCAACAGGCUUGAAAAGUUUGAUUCAUCUGUUUGAUCCAUUUGUUUGUUUCAGUUUUCAGUAGUUGAAUCCUUUGACGUAUUGUUGCUUUUUUUUUUAUAAUCAUUUUCAACAACAAUGCAAUGGAUUGGUUUAAAGGUGAUACUAAACUUAUAUACCAUGCACAAUUUUGACAUAGUGGAAGAUAUACUGAAUUUGUACCGUUUUUCAUUCUGAGAUGGACCAAGAUGUACGUAGCUUUUGCAGAUAUUUGUUCAUUAGUUUUGCAAAAGUGUUGAUUGGUCGAUCAUUGGGUUCAAUAGUUUUGCAAUAUAUUGAUGCCAAUGAUUAAAAGAGUAAGAAUUUGAUGCAAUAUCCAACCCAAAAUAUAAGCUUGUUUUACUCCAUUGUUUGCAAACAAUAUAAUUGUAAAAAACAAAAGUCAGUUGGUUGCAUAAAUAAUGACGAUUACUAAAUGUUACCUGAAAUGUAAACAUGAAAUAUCAGAACCGAAUUGAAACGCCUUUGUUAAAAUGUAAUGGCAAUAAUUCACUUAACGGUAAGGCAUGGAAUAAUGGACGUUGAGCAGGUGAUGAUUUGAGUCAUUCUUCUUCAGUAGUGGAAUAAGGACCAUUAGAAGUAGUUUUGAACAGAAAUACUGUGUGUAAAUACUGUGUGUAAAUACUGGAGUGAUGUAUGAUUGUUAAUAAAAUUGUAUAGGCUGCAA